GGUCUAUGAGGAAAUGCAGCCAGACGUCGCCGAAUGUGACGUUGCCUCGAUGCCGGAAGUGUCUGGUAAUUUCCGGUCAGCUGAUCAGACGGGGAGACAACACAGCCGGUACAAUGGUGUGUAUCCCAUGCAUUGUCAUUCCAAUCUUCCUCUGGGUUUACAAGAAAUUUUUGGAGCCUAUUGUAUAUCCAUUUAUAGCACCAUUCAUCAACCGUAUCUGGCCAAAGAAAGCAGUUCAGAACAACCCAGACCCAAACAAAAAGGAAACCAAAGAGUGCAAUGGGACCAGCAAGCCGGACAGUAACGGGAUAUCAAAUGGGAAUGUUGGACAACGAGAAGAAGCAAUCUCCAAUAAAAAGUCUGACUAGCACGUCAUCCUGUAAAGGAAUAGAUCUGUGAUCUUCUCUCCCUGUUCUUCGAAUUGUAUAGAUUGAGAGAGCAGUCAUCAUCUCUUUGAGGUUGGGGCUGUUUAUUUAUUUACCAUGGAGUGACGAGAUGAUAAACCUUUGUAUAUAUUAAUAUAUUGCAUUCCACAUUUUAGAUAAACUCAUACCAUUCAUUUUUUUGAUUAACUGUAUUAAAAAAAAUAAAAGUUACUAAUCAGAUGAAAUCCAA